AGCGCCUACAUGUUGCCUGCUCUGCAUACUGGACCCAGCGACACCAGAGAGUAGAUCCCUGCACAGAUUCCCCAUGCUGACAGACACUCCGUCAGAAACACCUUCUCUCCCGUGUGGACACUGAACCUCUGCAGCUCUGACAGGAUGGAUUUCUACCUGGACGCGCGCUCUCCGUACGACAACACCUUUAAUUUCUGGAACGACUACCUCGGCCUGUCGACACUUGUCGCCAAAAACAAGAUCAACAGCCCGUCCUGCAGCCCCAACUCUAUCACCGAGUCUCUCAAAGCGACUCUGGGCUUAGAGGACGACUCUCCGGUUUGCUCCUGCGUAAUUGGGCACGGCAGGGACAGCGACGGACCCUUGGACUGCUGCUGCGCGGCCCCGGGCUCCCCGCCGAUCUCCAUCUAUGAUCUCAAGGAGCGCAUCUCUCUUCUCAGGCCGUACGAGCACCUCGGAGGCGACUCUCCGCUGGGAGACAGAGAUUCAGCCUCCUACAGGGGGAGUUUCGCCGGCCUCGACCUGCUCUCCAUGGACAGGAGGCGCAAACAGACUCAGAGGAGCAAACCGGAGCCGAAGGUGUGCGUCUUCUGUCGGAAUAACGGCGCGCCGGAGGAAGUUUACGGCACCCACAUCCUGAAGACGGCGGACGGCAGGGUGCUGUGCCCCAUCCUCCGGGCGUACACCUGCCCCCUCUGCAGCGCCAACGGCGACAACGCGCACACCAUCAAGUACUGCCCGCUUUCUAAAGAGCACCCGAGCCAGAGAGUGGCGAAGGGAGGCAGGGCCAUCGGCAAGAGGCUGAAGAUCUUCUGAGCCAGGAGCUGAUGGAGUUUGAGUUGCACUGUAAAUUACGAGUGUGUAUGGCAGUCAUGUUGCCCCAUUCCGUGCACAAGACAAGUCUGGAGAGAGAGAAGUUAUGAGAAAAUAAGAUUUUUAUUUUUAUUGUUUUGUAUGCGUCAUCUGUCAUGUCUUCACCCUGGGCACAUAGUUUACACCUGGACGCACUGCGCGCAGUAUCUCCCCCCCCCUCCAGCACUCCUUAAGGACUUGGUGAUGAAAACUGAACCAAAGUACUGUACAUACAGAUCGACCUGUGAAUGACCACCUUCAUGCUGUGUUUCCUGAAGCGCAGCGCCAGUGCAAACAGCCCUGUGCAUGCUCCGGGUUUAUGGGAUGCCAACAUUAAUGAAUAUGCAGCACUCCUGUUCUGAGAUGAAUGUUUAGUCCCGUGGAUACAACCAGUGUGACAGGCCAUGCAAGAUAUAUACUUCUUUAUAUCGAGCGCAGGUUUUUCUCCUGAGAUAAAUGUUUUCUACCAAAGGAAUACACUUUUGUAUUGAACCUUAGCCUAAAGGUAACUUCUGUAUAUGUUGGAUGUCUUAUAUGUGUUUUUAUGUGGAUAGUAUUUUGCAGAUCUCAGCUGAAUGUAAAACAGUGGAGGGUUUCUGACACACACACACACACACACACACACACACACACACACACACACACACACACACACACA